CCUCGCCGUAACUCCCAAGAUUGACGUGGAGGAGCGUCAGAUGCAUCCCUGCAAACGUCUGACUCCGGGAUAAGCACUAUUUCGCCCUUCAGCGGAUGACGAUCCCCUUCGGUGCCGGUCUGCUUCGCCGCUCCUCCCGGACUCCUGUCGAAAAGAGGGGCACGGCACUCUUGCAGAACUUCGGGGGUGCAUAUGUUUUUUCCCCCCCCUCUCUCGGCGGCUCAUUCCUCCCAUCGCUCUGCAGAAAGCGGAGAGCCGGAGACGCGUUCAGCCAUUGAGGGGGCAACUAUUUAUUUCCAAGCACCUCGGAACGUGGAAAUGGAGCAAACCUACGGGGAGGUGAACCAGUUAGGCGGCGUCUUCGUCAACGGGCGCCCCUUGCCCAACGCCAUCCGCCUGAGAAUAGUGGAGCUGGCUCAGCUCGGCAUCAGGCCCUGCGACAUCAGCCGGCAGCUGCGCGUCUCCCACGGCUGCGUGAGCAAGAUCUUAGCCAGGUACAACGAGACGGGCUCCAUCCUGCCCGGCGCCAUCGGCGGGAGCAAGCCGCGGGUCACCACGCCGAACGUGGUGAAGAACAUACGGGAAUACAAACAAGGCGACCCCGGGAUUUUCGCCUGGGAGAUCCGGGACAGGCUGCUGGCGGACGGGGUUUGCGACAAAUACAACGUGCCGUCGGUCAGCUCGAUCAGUCGGAUUUUACGCAACAAGAUCGGAAACCUUUCCCAGCCCAACCAGUACGAGGGCGGUAAGCAGGCUCCCACGCAGGCCGGGCUGUCUUACAACCACAUCUACCCUUACUCGUACCCCAACGCCAUGUCCCCCACCGGCGGCAAAAUGGGCAGCCCCCCCGGAGUACCGGUGACGGCCGGACACGUUAGCAUAUCCCGGGCCUGGCCCUCUGCGCACACCGUCAGCAACAUCCUCGGAAUAAGGGCCUUCAUGGAUCCUGCAGCCAUCGCCGGGGCGGAGGGCUACCCACCCAAAAUGGAGGAGUGGACGUCUGUCAACAGAGCGGCGUUCCCCGCGGCUCACGCGGUCAACGGGAUCGACAAGUCCGCCAUUGACGCGGAUAUAAAAUACGCGCAGCCCUCCUCGACGUUGUCCAGUUACGUCCCAGCGUGCGCUUACUCUCCCUCCAACCAGUACGGCGUGUACAGCGGGCCCGCGGGGAGCUACGUGAGUCCGGGCCACCACUGGCAGACGCAGACCUCCAGCCUGUCCCACCCAGGCGGCGCCAUGGCCGUGCACGGCGGGGACAUCCACUCCGCCAUGUCCUUCAAGCACCCAUCACGGGAAGGAGACAGAAAACCUCCCAGCCCUCUGAGCAAGCAGCAGCACGAAGCGCUCAACGGCGUGCACGGACUCAGUCUGGCUACGUCAUCCUCCUAACACAGGAAGGCUGACUGAGGCCUGCAGCAGGACUGACAGUACAGACAGAUUAAUAUGAACGAGCGCGUUUCCACGGCUCGGGACAGUAAGUGCGAACACUAUUCAUUUGUCUGCCGACGUGCCCGUGGGCUCGGAGGUCACGUGGCGACCCGUUCAGAUGCAUGAUGAACCCCCGUAGCUUCCCGCCUCUCGUCUCGUGGCCGUAUGAAUGUAGGCUGACCUGGAUGUAACGAUGCCCCCCCCCCCCUUCUGCAUCGGAACCGGGGACCGGUAGUUUUGUUUUUUUGUUCUUUUCGCUGAAAUGUGUCAUGUGUGUAUUCUGUUCGAUGCUGCAGGAUCAAGAUGCAUGUUAUUUCUGUCGGGGUUUUUUUUGUUGUUAUGUUUCAUUCACAAGUCCGAAAACAUGGGAUCGUCCCGACGAUGGAGCUACUCUGUAUUUACGCCAUAAAUUAGACAUCCACUUGAUUUGGUACCAAUGAUUUGAUGAUGACUCCGAUGUGAACAAAGGGUGAAAUUUGUAAAUGUAAAAUAUUUUCCAAAGCUUUAAUUAUAUAUUUUUAUAAAUUUUACUGUAAUUAUUCGAAAUAAAGGCUUCC